AGUAUAUAUUACAUGUAUACUUAUUUUAUAUUUGUGGUCACCCCAAAGUGAAAGCUGCAGACUUUGAAACCCAGAAAUUCCUCCCAUUUUAGUUUUUUUUCUUAGAAACACAAGAAGAGCUUAUGGAACUUGCUAAGAAGUUUAUAUCUGAAAUUGAUGAGAAGCUCGAGCCUAAAUCUGAAAUUGAUAAAGAACUCGAGAAAAUCAAGUCUUCCUUCAAUGAAGAAUAUGAGAAAUGGUCGUGUGGAAAACAGAGUGGAUCUUCCUCUAAGCAUGGAAACCAGUCCACAGAUGGCGAUUCAUCGCCAACUCGCAACAGCAGUAAAAAAGGGCGGCCUAAGGCGAACCGUGUGGAGACGAGCUCUGAGCUUCCGGAUCACCCCAUUCAUGGUUUCAUAAACGAGAAACUGUUCUUGAAGAACUUCUUUCUGAAGCAAAAGGAAUCCGAAGAGUUCAAGACUCGAGCAAUUGUGGGGAAAUACGGAGUUGGAAAGACGACAUUGUGUCAGGAUGUGUUCAACGACGAAGAUGUGAAACAAGUCUAUUUCCCGAGGAUAUGGGUUUCUAUGUACAGCAAAGAAACAAAAGACCCCAAGAUAGAUGUUGUGAAGAGGAUCUUGAGAUUACUUGGAGUUGAAGAUGAGAUGUUUGAACACAUCAAAACAGAAGCAGAAGAAGAGAAGAGAAUCAAAGAUGAAGCUGGGGAAGGAGGGGAAGAGACAGUCAAACAAAAGGAGCUCGCUCGAUUAUUGUAUGCUCUUCACUUGCAUCUGAUUGGGAAGAAGUAUCUGAUCGUGUUGGACGAUGUUUGGGAAGACAACGAGUGGGAUCAAAGGCUCGAUGAUGAGAAGCAGCAGGAAAAAUCACAUCUUUCUUGUGGGUUUCCUAAAGGGUUUGGUGGGAGAGUGAUUAUCACUAGCAGAGACGAGAGAUUGGCGAAGGAGAUAGUCGGAGAAGAAGAGAAUCUGCAGCGUUUGUUUCCGAGAUCCGAUGCAGAGAGUUUAUGGAAGAUUUACAUUGAUGCAGUACCCACCAAGGUGGACGAUGCAACAGCCACGAAUGCGGGCGAUGCAGCAGCCACAAAUGCGGGUGAUGCAGCAGCCACAAAUGUGGGAGAUGCAGCAGCCACAAAUGCGGGCGAUGCAGCAGCCACAAAUGCGGGCGAUGCAGUAGCCCCAAAAGUGAAUCCGAGGUAUCCGGGAAGAUACAAACAAGAGCUUAUGGAUAAGUCUUGUGGUAUUCCUUUGGCUGCUCGCAUGCUGGCGAAGAUUGAGCCUGUGAAAGUGGAUGAAAUUGGAAACAUAGAUAGGAAGCAAAGCUAAGCUUCUAACUUCUAACGCAAUAUCUAUGUAUUUACUCUCUAAUACUAUAUGGAAGCAUUUCGAGAUUACUAUUUAAAGUUAUUUUAUUAUUCUAAAAACUGUUAAAGAGUUGUGUAAGUGUAAACCUCUGGCAUUUAAUAAAGAAUAUAAAGAGCUUUUAAUACA